UUAAAAUAUUUUUGAAGGUGUGUCUUCUCGCACAAUAAUUUACUGGCUUGCAGAGCUGAACUUCAGAUUGCUCACAAGUGAAGCCUAGCCAUGUCUGGUCUCGUGAAAGCCAAGCAUUAUGACUGGAAAGACAGCAAUUUGUCCUUGUUUGGCUCCGACCUUGAGAAAAACCUGAAGAGAGAAUCUGCUGAAACAGAAAAGGCUUGGCAAGGAGCUGGAGAGAAAGUUGGUGUGCAAAUUUGGCGAAUCGUCAAGUUCAAGGUGACUCACUGGCCAAAAGAAGAUUAUGGCAAAUUUUACAGUGGAGACUCUUACAUUAUUCUCAACACGUAUAAGGAUAAGGAAAGUGAUGAGCUUUUGUAUGAUGUCCACUUCUGGAUUGGAAAAGAAUCUACCCAAGAUGAGUAUGGUACAGCAGCUUACAAGACAGUUGAACUUGACACUUUUCUCAAUGACAAACCUGUUCAGCAUCGUGAAGUCAUGAAUCAUGAAUCAAACUUGUUUAAGAGCUACUUCAAGCUAAUUGAACUUAUGAAAGGAGGCGCAGAGACUGGCUUCAGGAGAGUUGGACCUACAGGAUAUAAAUCACGCUUGCUCAAGUUUAAUGAUGAGGUAAAGAUAAUAUUAUUUCUUCUUGGUCAUUUUCUGCUCUUUAGUCAGUUUAGAAUUCUUAUAGUGAUUAUACCUUUCCUUCAAUGUGAAUCUUGGGUAUAAGGUCAAAUUAGAUAA